GGCUCAGGUCAGUUUUCGGCUCGGCAUCAGGCCCGCGCCCGCGAUGCGGGACGCUGCCAGGAGCGCGGGCGAGAGCCCGCAGCCGGGGGAGGACGCGCCGCUCCUGGAGCCAGGAAAGGCCAGCGCCAGCGAUGGCGGUAGCGCGCCGAUCGGGAAGCCCCUGGCCUCGGCGCCCCUGGCCGAGGGCGAAGUCAUGGCCGAGACGGACAACCGACUCAUUCGAAAUGUGAAAGAGGAAGAUUGGCUUGCAAGGGCCAUGCGGUCGCAGGCAGCCGUGCGUGUCGACGAGAUCCUGCAACCCAUCGCGGACAGAUGGAUGAACAACAAAAGCAUCAUCAAGACAGGCGUUCCGUGCACCUACGAGAUGAUCGCGCAGCUGAAGAAGGAAAUGUUCCAGCAAGUCUACGCUACUAUGGGAGACGAGAUGAUGCCCGAGGACAUGGUGCGGGCGAUCGUUGUCAAGACGGACCGGUACCACCCGUACGUCGCCUGCCUCCUGAGCGUCGUGACCCUCGGCCUGUUCUACCUCUUCCGGCCUAGAGACGACGAGGGAGUCAUCGUGCUCACGAAGAACGAGCGCAUCAGUGCCUACAGGGUCAUGAGGCACAGCGUCUUCGAGAGCUUCUUCGGCGUGUUUAAGGCGACCGCCUACGUUACCAUGGUCUUCUUCCUCAUCACUAUCGUGCCCAGCACGAUCACCGACACAUUCGGGCUGACCUCUGAUUCGGUAGUGCAGAUGGAGAGUUUUAUAAAGAACACGUUCACCAAGCUCUGGGAGGAUGACGUGAACCGGUUUCAAAGGAAUACAGAAUUGCAAGUCGUUACGUAUAUUUUGUUCAUUAUCUUCUUUCUGUUUUGGAUGUGGACCAAGUUCCCGCACGACUACGGCACUCGCCAGCGCCAGGCCCACGCCGCAGACAAGGUGAGCUGCGCUCAGUUCUGCCUCUCUGGCGGCAAGUGGGGCCGGACCUGCCGUUUCCGCCUGUUCUUCGGCAGGUACCCCGAGCAGAGCUCUCUCGACAACAAGAUGGCGAUGCGGAACUUCGAGGUCGUUGGAAUCGCCAACAAGGAAGAGUUGUCCACAACAAGUGGUACCAACCCGUUCGCAGGGCAUACGCGAAGGUCUUUGUUGAUCUACGGUAUGUUUGUGUACUACUGUUUCAUGGCGAUCGAUGUAUACCUCACGUACAUCCUGCCGCCCAUCACGUGGAACCAAGAGUCAUACGUCAUACAGGAGUUCUGCCUCCAACCAGACAUGGUGGAGUCGACAUGCGCCAGGGAGCCUUGUCGCAACUGGGUGCUGUCGAAAGAGAAGUACGAUCCCAAUUGGUACACCUUCUGCGACGCGCUCACCUGGAUUCCGGCCGCUGCGAACGAGACGGGCGCAGACGUCGACGACGCCAACGCCACCACUGUAGGCACCACCACUGAGGGCGCCACUGUGAACACCACGUCGACGACGGGCGGGGUCGCCGACGAGGCUGUCGGCGAGUUCGAGGUGGGCUACGGUGUUCUCGACGUGGUGUCGGCGGUUCCAGCGAGGCCACGGCGCGUGACCGCGGACACCGGAGCGGAGGAGGUGUCCAACGGCACGGACGCGAACAGCAGUGCCCCGUCCGCGGCGCCGGUUUGCGACAUAGGCAUGUCGCCGCCCUGUUGCGCGGGCUGCACAUCAGCCUACAUGAACAAGAUCAUGGAAAACCGCGAGCUUGAUAUCUUCGGCAUGCUGGUCAGCGCUGUGCUUGAUAUCGCCGCCGUCGCCAUCACGAUCGUUGCGGCAUCGGCGGCGUUCGGCCACGUCGAGGAGAAGGACCACGUCGACAUUCAGUUCAAGAGG